AUGGAAACAGAUGAGGCUCAAGAUAUGUCCCAGGUUUCAGGAAAGGAAAGUCCUCCAAUUAGUGAUGUCCCAGAUGAUGCAGAUGAACCUAUGCCUGUACCAGAGGACCUUUCAACUAGUACUGGAGGACAACAGAGUGCUAAGAAUGAGAGAGUCUUGGCUGCAUAUGGGGCAGAAGGCUUUAGGGACUUUCAUGCAAUAAUUCCCAAAUCUUUUUCCUCCGGUAAUAUUAAAAUAGAGACUCAGAGUGAUGAAGAGAAUGGGCGUGCCUGUGAAAUGAAUGGGGAAGAAUGUGCGGAGGAUUUACGAAUGCUUGAUACCUCGGGAGAGAAAAUGAAUGGCUCACACAAUGGCCCAGGCAGCAAGGCUAUGUCAGGAGUUGGAGGCAUUCGACUUCCUAACGGAAAGCUAAAAUGUGAUAUCUGUGGGAUAAUUUGCAUCGGUCCCAAUGUGCUCAUGGUUCACAAACGAAGCCACACUGGAGAACGCCCUUUCCAGUGCAAUCAGUGUGGGGCUUCUUUUACCCAGAAAGGCAACCUUCUGCGCCACAUAAAGUUGCACUCAGGCGAGAAGCCCUUCAAAUGUCACUUGUGUAACUAUGCCUGCCGACGCAGGGAUGCCCUCACAGGCCACCUGAGGACUCACUCGGUUGGCAAACCCCAUAAGUGUGGAUACUGCGGACGCAGCUAUAAGCAGCGCAGCUCUUUGGAAGAACAUAAAGAACGCUGUCAUAACUACCUUCAAACCAUGAGUAUCUCAAGCAACCUUUAUUCAGUCAUAAAAGAGGAAACUAACCAGAGUGAAAUGGCUGAAGACCUGUGCAAGAUAGGGUCAGAAAGAUCCCUCGUGCUGGAUAGACUAGCAAGUAACGUCGCCAAACGUAAGAGCUCUAUGCCUCAGAAAUUUGUUGGUGAGAAAUGUCUGUCUGAUCUUCCAUAUGAUGCCACCACCAACUAUGAGAAGGAGAAUGAGAUAAUGCAGACGCACGUCAUAGACCAGGCCAUUAACAAUGCCAUCAGCUACCUGGGGGCAGAGUCCUUGCGCCCCCUCGUCCAGACACCACCAGGUGGCUCUGAAGUGGUGCCCGUCAUCAGCCCCAUGUAUCAGCUCCACAAACCUCUUGGGGACAAUCAGGCUCGCUCCAACCACACAGCUCAGGACAGCGCAGUGGAAAACUUGUUGCUGCUUUCCAAAGCCAAAUCUGUCUCCUCUGAACGGGAUGCCUCUCCCAGCAACAGCUGCCAAGACUCAACAGAUACCGAGAGCAAUAACGAGGAACGCAGUGGUUUAAUUUACCUGACAAAUCACAUAGGUCCCCAUGCAAGAAAUGGCAUAUCCAUAAAAGAAGAAAGCAGGCAAUAUGAUGUCUUGAGGGCAGGUACUGACAAUUCCCAGGAUGCUUUCAAAGUGAUCAGCAGCAAUGGGGAGCAAGUGAAAGUUUACAAGUGCGAACACUGUCGAGUCCUUUUCUUGGAUCAUGUGAUGUACACAAUCCAUAUGGGCUGCCACGGGUUCCGUGAUCCUUUCGAGUGCAACAUGUGUGGCUACCACAGCCAGGACAGGUAUGAAUUCUCUUCCCACAUAACUCGAGGGGAGCACCGUUUCCACAUGAGUUAA